AUGCUUCCCCCUCCUCCACUGCUCCGCCUGCUGCGCCAGGACCGAUCAAUUCAGCCCCUGUCGUGGCUGCAGAAGCCCAAGCCACCAACGUUGCCAGCGAACCUCUUCAAGCCCAAGGAGAGCUUGUCACAGACCUUCCUAGCAGACCCGAACUACAUCUUCAAGAUGGUUUCCGAACUGGAUGACGAGUCCGAGGGUGGCAAGCGUCUGAUCGAACUUGGGCCCGGUACGGGAGCCAUAACAUCGAGGCUGUGGCAGAGAUACCCAGAGAUGGUGGGCAUCGAGCUGGACCAACGCGCUAUGCGCGUCCUUGCCCAGAAAGUGCCUGGAGCCACGGUGAUUCGGUCGGAUGUUCUGAUGGUGAAUUACACCAGGCUUGCGGAGCUGAGAGGCGGACCGCUGUCAAUUGUCAGUAACCUUCCAUUUCACGUGGCUUCGCAGCUACUGUUCACGCUAGCUGACCACGCAGAUGGAGUACGCAAUGCGCACGUCAUCCUGCAGCAGGAGGUUGCUCAGCGCAUUGUUGCAAAGCCAAACAGCAAGAAGUACGGCAUUCCCAGUGUGGUGUUUCAGCUGUAUGCUGACCCGAAGAUCUUGUUCCACCUGCCGCCAACAGCAUACUUUCCAAGACCCAAUGUCAUGACUUCAUACAUAAAGCUGGACUUCGAGGCGGCAGCGGAACGCAGAAGAGCUCUGAAUGUUGACCCUCGUGAUCUUCGCAACCUCACGAACACCGCAUUCAGAUACCGGCGGAAAAUGAUGUCGAACUCGUUGAGUCGAAUCCUGGAAUGCCACACGACAUUGAUCAACAAGCUGCCUGAAGAGUAUGCCAAGCUCCGACCAGAGCAGAUUGAGCCAUGGGAGUUCGUGCACCUUACACAGCUCAUCUUUGGAAAGAAGGAGUUCCCAAAACACUUCCGCCGGGCUUGGCGAGGGGAGUUCGGGCGAACGGUUCGAGAGUGA